AUGAGCACAAAUUCUACCAAACGCAAGUUCAACGCCUUGCUCCAGGGCCUAAGUAGUCCGCGACCCAGUACAGACGGCGACUCUCCAGCAACCAUGUUUGGAAACCGUGUGGCCAGCGGCAGCCACAAGCCCUUGGAUUAUGAUGCGCUGCUUCAGAAGCGCCGCCGCCUGGGGUUUCCCGAAUCAACCGCACCGCGCCUGGACAACACUGUUUCAUCGGGGCUCACAAGUCUGGCUAGCUCCAUAAGGCGGACGGUAUCUGACGCCACGACUCCGAAAGUUCGGAGGGACGGGCCCGCGAGGUACUCUCCUGGUGAUAGGGAGGAGCUGCUGAAGAGGCUGGCGACGUUUCAGGAAAUUACCGACUGGACUCCAAAGCCUGAUAAGAUCAACGAGGUGGAGUGGGCUAAGAGGGGAUGGAUAUGUCAGGGCAAGGAGAGGGUGCGGUGUUUGCUGUGUCACAAGGAGCUGGUGGUGAAGUUGAAGAAGGAGGCCGGAGAAACUGAGGGAGAUGCGCUGACGGCCGCUGAAGUUGAAGCCGCUUUGGUCGACAAGUAUGCAGAGUUGAUCGUUAGUGCGCAUCAGUCAGAUUGCCUCUGGAAGAGACGGGGAUGUGAUGAUUCCUUACUUCGGCUGUCAUUCAUGAGCGCAAAGGGCGCCAUCGAAGCUCUGAAGAAGCGAUAUGAGGAGCUCUGUGUCCGGCAGACAUUUCUGCCAUAUGAAUUCAACCUUCACCUUCCAGAAGACAUGAAUUUGGGCAAUGUCAUUGAACAGCUCCCACCCGACUUUUUCACUGGAGAGAAGGCUUCUACAGAUGCACCCAAUAGACCUGCGCUUGCUCUGGCGCUUAUGGGCUGGCAGGGCCUGACCAACACACGCAUCGGCGCUGUUCCCAACACCGCGUCAUGUCACACCUGUCAGCGACGAUUGGGUCUAUGGAUGUUUAAGAGUAAAGAGGUGGACGAAAGUGGAAUGGUUAUUGUGCCGGCACCAAUGGACUAUCUUGAUCCCGAGCGAGAACAUCGCUUUUUCUGCCCCUGGAAGAAUCCUGCCGCUCAGAGUAGGGGGCACAGCACGCAGAGCAACGAUACAGCCGAUAUGCCAGCAUGGAAGAUAUUGCUACAGUCAAUCAAGAAUGAAUCGGAUCUGCGAAAAGUAUAUGAAGGCCAAGUCAAGCCAAAGGCGAAACCAACCGCAGGCGCAGCUACAGAUCCAUCUACGCCUGCCAAGCAGACAUCCCGUGCGCACCACACACCGAAUAUCUCUAUUGAUUCGACCGCCAUCGAUGACGAGGAUGACGAAGCUACGCGGGAUGCAAAGGACAAGGAACGAUGGGCGAGGCUGCGCAAGGUCAAGAGCUUGUUUGAUACGAAGAAGCUGAAAAAAUCUCGCUCAGGCGCAGCGUCAAUCAAAUCCAACAAGUCAUCAAGGUCGAUUAAGGGAGAUUGA